UACAGAGAGAGGGAGGAGGAGAGAGAACGGAAGAUUAUUUCUUUCCUUAUUGGGCAUAGAAAAACAAUACUCCUGGAGAGGGGUAUUUGCUAAUUUUCCCAAACCCCAUAACUAAUCUAUUCCUCUCUCUCUGCAUAAACACACAUUUUUUCCAUAAAAUAAAUUUAACACAUGCAUGACCUUUCCAUGCAUGCAUGGCGGUCAGAAUUCAUUCAAUUCCUUGCAAUUCCAUCUCCUUUUCUAUGUUUUGAGAAGAAUUGAGUCUGGGAAGGCUUAGACACAUACAAUUAAUCAAUCUUCUGUGUGAUAUGAGAAAUUCUCCUGAGAAAAAAUCAUCAGGUUGUGGGUUGCUAAAUGCGUUUUUCGGGCGCAGGAGUAUAUGGCAUAGGAGGUCCACCUCCACAGGCUCACUCAAAAUACACAGUGCACACGAUAAUGCCAGAAAUUCUAUGCACAAAACUCCAAGCACUCCCAAUGCUAAAACCAACUGGGAUGCCCAGAAACAGGGCCCCGAUAGGGUCAUUGCUCGCCCUGGCCCCGACCAUUCCAAGCCGGCUGCUGUUUAUCACCAAAACCAGAACAAUAAAAGCUCCAUUGAUGAUAGAGCACACCAAGGCAGGGGAGUGUAUAAAGGUACUAGGAAGGUCCCCGAGGGGACGAUGGGGAUUUCAGGGGAGCUGGACAGCAUGAUCUUUGAUCAUCAGAGGUCAAAGGCGGCCAGCAACUUAAUCCGGGCUUCCUCUGGCAAUGUUAUGCUGUACGGGGAUUUGGGGAAUUUAAGACAACCUGAGAGAAACAACAAUGUUGUUACCUUGGCUCCUGUGGAAGAGCAGAACGGGAAAUAUGGUCAUGAAGAGGCUGAGAAGCCUCCCCCCUCCUCCCUUUGUCGAGGAGUUAUUUCUAACAGCAUGGAUCCUGAGGAGUUGAAGGUUUUGGGGAAUGAGGAUUACAAGAAUGGGAGAUUUGCAGUAGCCUUGGCUUUGUAUGAUGCAGCAAUUGCCAUUGAUCCCAAUAAGGCAUCUUAUAGGAGCAACAAAUCUGCAGCCCUGACUGCUUUGGGGAGACUUCUUGAAGCAGUUUUUGAAUGCAGAGAAGCAAUUCGGCUUGAGCCACAAUAUCAAAGAGCCCAUAACCGUUUGGCAACUCUAUAUGUCAGAUUAGGUCAAGCAGAAACCGCGUUGCAUCAUUACAAACAGGCAGGGCAUGAAGCAGAUCCUGAUGUUAUGAGCAAUGCUAAAAAUCUUCAACUACAUCUCUCCAAGUGCACUGAAGCUAAGAAGCAAAGAGAUUGGAACACCCUUUUGAAAGAAAGUAGCCUCGCUAUAUCAGCUGAGGCUGAUUCUGCACCACAGAUAUUUGCUCUGAAAGCUGAGGCACUGAUAAGGCUCCAUAGGUACCAAGAUGCAGAUGAAACUUUGCAGAAAGGCCCAAAAUUUGAUGUUGAUGAAUGCACCAAAUUCUUUGGCCCUGCUGGUAAUGCAACCAUGCUGAUCAUACAAGCUCAAGUCGACAUGGCUGCUGGCAGGGUGGAUGAAGCUUGGAAGGCAGCAGAACAAGCAGCUCGGCUAGACACUAAUAACAAGGAAGCAAGCAUGGUGGCUAAGAAGAUGUGCGCUGUUGCAAGCGCAAGAUCAAAUGGCAAUGGACUGUUUAAGGCGGGAAGGUUUUCAGAGGCUUGUAUUGCAUACGGGGAAGGACUCGAUCAUGACCCCUACAAUGCUGUCUUGCUGUCAAACCGAUCUGCCUGCCGGACAAGGCUUGAACAAUAUGAUCAAGCACUUGAGGACUGCAAUGCUGCCCUUACUUACCGACCAUCUUUCAUCAAGGCUAGACUAAGAAAAUGCGAUUGUCUCCUCAAGAUGGGGAAGUUGGAAGCCUGUAUGCAAGAAUGCGAGUCUUUGAUGAAAGAGUGUCCAGAAAAUGAGGAGGUUUACAGCAUCUUAAAGGAGGCCAAAGAACAGCUCAGUAAGGUAGUAGCAUGACAGGAUCAACUCCCCUGUGGAUAUUGAAGGCUAAACUCAAAUGGUUAGAGAGUUGCAGAUACUGAAGAUGAAAACCAAGAUGUCUGGGAUAGCCAGCUCUCAAAGUUGAAUCAGAGAGCGAGACGGCCAGAUUACACUAGGAAGAAGGGAAAGGAUCCUUUCAAACUCAUGUUAGGGAAUAGGGUUGAAUAGAUUGGGCUGGGAUUGAAAGAUACUCAAGGAUUACAUUCACUUUUCUGCUCAAAAUGUAAUUAUAUUUAGUUUUGGAUGGUUGUUAGGG